UACACAUGUUUGUUUUAGCCUAAAUUCUCCUCUUUUAUGUUAGCCACUGGCUCCAAUCAGGCGACCCCAAGCCUCCCUGACCUGAGCCACUUGUCGGGAAGAGUUGCGCCGUGGCAAAGGUGACCAUGUGGAGGAAUGGAGGAGAUCAUUUCCCCGCCUGGCUGCUCCUUUAAGUCAGAGACCACCUGCUCCUCUGGCGUCAGCAGCGCCCACGAGCGGCGCGAUGGCUGCACGAUCGAUCUGCCGGUGAAAUGUUGCACUGGGACAUCUUGUGAUAACAACGCUGGCGUGCGCCGGAUGGAAGCCCGGCUCCUCUCGCCUUUUAAAUCCCCGGCAUCGGGCGCUACGAGUCAGGUUUUGCCAGAAAGCACCUGCCGCUGGAAAGCUGCUCCCGGUAGUGAGCUAUGGUCUUCCUCCCCCGGGGUGAUCGCGCCUGAUGAAAGCUGCCAUGGCUUAUUGUAACGAAAGCCUCCUGGACGACUGCGACCUCUUGGAGCCAGACGAGGAAGGAGCCGCAGACGCCCUCUCGCCACAAGCUUCCCCUCCCCUCAUAUCGGUCACUCUCCGGGUGACCCUGGCGGCCAUUAUGAUCUUCAUGAUAACCAUCGGUUUCCUCGGCAACGCCAUCGUGUGCCUGAUCGUCUACCAGAAGCCCGCCAUGCGCUCCGCCAUCAACCUCCUCCUGGCCACGCUGGCCUUCUCCGACAUAAUGCUGUCGCUGCUCUGCAUGCCCUUCACCGCCGUCACCGUGGCCACCGCCGACUGGAGCUUCGGGAGCGGCUUCUGCCGGGCGUCCAUCAUGCUGUACUGGCUGUUCGUGCUGGAGGGGGUGUCCAUCCUCCUCAUCAUCAGCGUCGACCGCUUUCUCAUCAUUGUGCAGCGGCAGGACAAGCUGACCCCACACAGGGCCAAGCUGCUGAUAGGAGGCUCCUGGGUGCUGAGCCUGUGCGUGUCCCUGCCGUCGGUGGUCGGGUGGAGGACGGGCGCGGCGGGGGUCGGGGGCACGUGGGCGCCGCAGUGCGUGCUGGGUUACAGCGAGUCCCUGGCGGACCGGGGGUACACGGUGCUCCUGGCCGUGGCGGUGUUCUUCGUACCGUUCGCUGUCAUGCUGUACUCUUACAUGUGCAUCCUCAACACGGUGCGGCGCAACACCCUGCGCAUCCACAACCACACCAGCGAGCGUUCCUGUCUGCCCGCCCUCAGCCAGGUCAGCAAAAUGAGGCUAACCGGGGCGCCGAGGCCACCUCACGUCAAGGUGGACAUGAGCUUCAAGACCCGGGCCUUCACCACCAUCCUCAUCCUCUUCGUGGGCUUCUCCGUGUGUUGGCUGCCCCACACGGUGGUCAGCCUGUUGGCCGUGUUCAGCCGGCGGUUCUACUACAGCCCCGUCUUUUACCCCGUGAGCAUCGGGGCUCUGUGGCUCAGCUACCUGAAGACGGUGUUCAACCCCGUCAUCUACUGCUGGAGGAUCCGAAAGUUCAGGGAGGCGUGUCAGGAGUUCAUCCCCAAAAGCUGCAGGCUGUGUCCCCGGGUGCCGGGCAGGAGCCACAGGAGAGUGAGGCCCAGCAACAUUUAUGUGUGCAGCGAGACUCAGUCAGCCGUGUGAGGCGGUGACGGACGCUGCUGGCAAAGGUUUUCCCGUUUCAGCAGCGCCGCCAGAACAGGAAGUUUUAUUUAAAGCAAUAUCCAGCUAAACAUAGAUUCUGUAAUCAACAUAAAAUCUCAGCAGCCUCAUAACUCUUGAACUUUUUUCAAUUUCUUGUCAGUUUACAACCACAAACUUUAUGUGAUAGACCAACACACUGCAAAAA